AUGGUACCGACUCCGUCGUCGUUCUCGUCGGAAUAUCUCGAUGCACAUUCGAUUCGCCUUCAGAUUCCAGCACAUUCAGAAGCCUUCGCCUAUGUGUUCGAGUACGCAACAGUGAGCACAAGAUCGGAUGAUUGGUACUUCGCGGGAUCAUCUCCAAGGCCGACAGUAACCUUCACUAUACUUGACCCAUGCAGAGAUUACAAAUUUAGGGUGAUUGUCGUGCUCCGAAGCUCAGAUCCCAUAGAUCACUUUGUGAUUUAUGACGAGAAAGCGAUUCCUGUUCAGCUACCACCGUUCGUACUCUCUCCUGACCAGGUAAUUGAUUUUUGA